ACCCGCGGCGUCAUGACGUCAACCGCACAGCUACCAGGACUAAGUCCCAGUUAGCUCCCCUGCAUCACUUCUGGGGGUGGGGAGAGCGUCCACUGGUGGCGUCAUGACGUCAACGGACAGAGCUUCCCUUGCCGCAGCCUUUGGACGCUGAGAUGCAGCCGAUCACGCAUCAAGAAGUCCUUGGCCUUUAUCGCAAGAUAUUCCGCAUAGCCAAAAAAUGGCAGGCGGCAUCCGGACAGAUGGAAGAGACCAUGAAAGAGAAAGAGUAUAUUAUAAAUGAGGCUAAAACGUUAUUCCAAAAGAAUAAAAAUCUAACGGAUCCUGAGUUGAUUAAACAAUGUAUAGAAGAGUGUAAGGCAAGAGUAGAGAUCGGGCUACACUACCACAUCCCAUAUCCAAGGCCUAUUCAUCUGCCUCCCAUGGGCCUUGCCCAGCAGCAAGGCCGAGCCUUUCGACAUCAGGAGAAGUUGAGGAGGCUUUCCAAACCAGUCUACUUGAAAUCCCAUGAUGAAGUUUCAUAACCCAACAGCAGACUUUUGCCCAUGUCAUUCUGGACUGCUUGGCAGAUGCAUUUCACUUCUUCCUACUGUGAACAAAACUGGGGGAGUUAUCACUUGCUGGCACAUUUCUUCAAGACCUAAGUUGGCAGGGAAUCACGAUAUAGUAAAACUAUAUUGGAUUUGGUAAGAGUCAGCCAUUGGCUAAUUAAUACAAGGAAAAAGCUUUAUGAUCAACAACAAUGUAAAGUGGAGAAGACAGUCUGACAGGAGUUAACAUAGAAGAUGGCUGUAUCAUAGUGUCCACUUCCAAUUAAUGUCAGCAUCACUAAAGUUUCAGUUUCACUUUAAAAGUGUAUCCCAGGGUACAGAAUGCAGAGUUCCAGAAGUUGUUGAACUGCAACUCCCAGCAGUCAUAUCCAGCAUAAUGGGAGUUGUAAUCUGGAUUGUCGCAUGGUCUUCAUUCCUUGUGUCACCCACUCUAAUGAAAUAAUGAGCUGCAGUCUAAUAAGUCUCAGUGGAACAUACUUCUGAGCAGACAUGUAUGUAUAAGAUUGUAUUGUUAUCUUUAUUCUGUCACCUUUGAAGUAAAGCUACUAUUCCUCACA